GGCAAGACUUUGCCACCAGCAGACACGCGGUAUUUGAAGAAGGGGGUUCCUUCCAAAGCUGAAAAAAGCACUGACACAAGUCGCCAGCGUGUGGUAAGCUACCUUCAAAGUAUUUACGAAUCAGUUGCAGAGACGCUCCCCGACGUCCGCGAUGAGACUUGUGAAUUUGACAGUGACGCUGUGAUGGUGGAUGUUCCAGAACUUGUGGACCCUUACGUCAAAGCAAUGAGCGCACCUUCUGAAAGUAAGUCUCGUGUGGAGCAGGGCGUGAAACUGAAACCAAAGCCCAAAGUUAGGACACGGAAACAGUCGAUCGAGUUGAACACUGUGCGGAAGCACGCCCAAGAAGAUCGGCGGGCCUUCCUCAGCGUUGGUGUGCCUGUUCAGUUAACAGGCAUUGGAGGCGCCCGCGCGCCACAUGUUUUUGAGAUGGACAGGCGAGAGAGCUUAGGAGACCUUGCAGUUUUGUUUGUCAUUUAUGGAGCUGCAGAUCGGUUUUGGCAACUGCCGCAUCACCCAAACGAUGUUCUGAUACGGACCAGACACAACAUGGCAGAUGACAGCUACACCUAUUUCGGCCUUUACUAUCCGUACGCGGUAGCCAAAGUCCGUUUGCCUCUUGGACUCCCAGCAGGAAUUGCACCCCUCAACCCGAUCACUGACGAGUUCAAAAAGGAUUUGGCCAAACACAUACCAGCUAUGAGGAAUUUGGGUUUGAACGCCGCUGCUGACUAUUUGCUUGCUUGGUCGAACGGCAGCAUGCCUUUGGAACCAUUGUUGGAAGUCCGUGCGUUGGGGAAGCCAAGUGGCGAUCGAAAGGCUCAAAAUCAAGUCCUGCAUUAUGUGGGUUGCGCUCGCAAGAGGAUUGUGCUGGAGUCUGCGGCUCGCGCCUGGGCCAGAGGCGUCCCGUGGGCUGAAGCAUUGAAAAUUAGCCGGGCUGCUAUCAGCAAGGCUGACGCAGCAGCCAAAGCACUUCCGAAGAGAAGGCCACGGCCGUGA